AUGCGGGACCCCACUCUGGGCGGAACUGUGGUGCCCCUGGGUUCCACCGCUGCCUGGUGCCCACUCUGCAUCCGCAGACCUUCGGAGGCACUUGUGCUCCGGAUCUGGCUCGCAGCGACCCGACUCUCCCACUCUCCCCAGUACCCCAGUACUCCCACUCUCCCCAGUACCCCCACUCUCCCACUCUCCCCAGUACCCCCACUCUCCCACUCUCCCCAGUACCCCAGUACUCCCACUCUCCCCAGUACCCCCACCCUCCCACUCUCCCCAGUACCCCAACCCUCCCACUCUCCCCAGUACCCAGUGCAUAAAGAGGAGGCGCUCACACAGCGACAGGUCACAGAGAAACCUUCGAUCCCCGCCCCCGCCCCAAGCCCGCAGGGACACUCGCUGGCCGGCCCACCUACCACCAUCUCUGCGCCGGCCUGGGGCUGGGAGACGUCACCCCCGAGCAUCAGCACGAUGCAGGAGGACCCGGAGACACUGCUGGCCUUGCAAAGGGCCAAUAUCGUGGCCCAGCACCAUCAGGCGCACCAAGCAGGGUCUCCGCAGGACCAGUCACUGUGCAAGGUCACUGACCACCAGGGCUUUCUGCACUAUUCUGCUUUAGAUCUCCAGGUGAAUUCGCAGGUGUUCGGAAUGAUGUGACGGCGACCUAGCUAAAGUCCUGGAAGACAACAGUGAGAUGCCCCACUCUUCUGCCAUCUUGCCUGACUCUUCUGACUUAAUGUAUUUUCUUCAAUGAAUAUAAACUGCGUUUUUAAUGGGGGAGUAAAAAAAAGCCUUAGCAAAAUGUAAAGCGGCCCUGUCUCAGACCAGGUCUGAUCUUAGGAACAGUGGCAAGUACGGAGCUUGAAGGCAGAGAUGGGAGUCACCGCUGGCGAAGAGGAAGAGGCAAAGCUGGGCCGGUGCCGGGCGCCUCCUCUCCCCCAGCCCAUCCUCUUUCCUACAGAUUUUUGAGAAUCUAGCUUGUUCAGGUUUUAGCAACAAGAACACCAGGUGAAGUGAGGCGGGAAGAGACUGCUCUGAGGCUGGGCCGACUGGAAGGGCCCAGAGAGGCCACUGGGCCGCCCGCACCACGACCACAGAUACUUGUCCGUGAAGCAAGUGGAGACACACGGGCUGGAGUUGGAAGGAAUGAGGACGCAUCCUUUUGUGGGAGAAAAGCAGGCCAAGGGACCCGGCGAGGGCCCGCGCAGACCUGGAGAAUGUCAGGGCCCGUCGCAGAGUCCCUGCGGCCUUCCCCACCAUGCAGCUGACCCUUGCGGGGGGGGGGGGGGGGGCGCUCAGCUUACUCAUCCCCUGAGUCAAGUGGUCACCGAACAGGAGCGGGAGUGGAAGGGUUGAUGAGCCACUUAUAUUUUAACAUUUUAUUCUGUGUGAACACCUCCGGAAGCUCUCCUGUUCCCUAAAGGAAGGACUGGCUUGCGGGUGAGAUUGUCCCUCCGACUGCACCUCGGGUCAUGCUGGCUCUGCCGCCUUUUCUUCCCUGAUGACCACCUGGCAGCUAUGCUGGUGCCCGGGAGGCACCCCCUCAUUUGGAUUUCUAUUGCUUGUCUCAGGUCCCUCAAAGUGGGUUCCCUGGUUAGGGGAUAGUAAGAUGUCAAAGAGGACUGAGCGACCCAGGAGGGAAGGUGGGUAGGAUGAGAGGAGAAGGCCACAGGGCUUAUUUCUUAGCUCUUCAGACUCCUGCAGCUUCCAUGGCUGAUGUAGGAAGGACUGGGACAUGCUUCCCGGCUGAUGUUACAAGAGGCAAGGGUGGGGAAGGGGGAGGGAAAUUAAAUAGCAAGAGGAGAGGAAGCAAUGCUAUUUUCAGAGGCUGCUGAUUAAAGUAAGUUAUUGGGCUGCUUCAUUAUUCUGGGGAGUUCAGUUGUGCCCCCAUGGAAUUUCUUGAAAUGUCAGAGGUCUGUUUAGACGGUAACUCUGUAUUUCAUUAGGGCUUUCCAGAGUUACUUGCAUGAGGCUCUGAUAAACAAGAUGGAUAAGGGUAAGAGGGAAUGAUCUUAUAUUAGGGGCAUCCCCUGUUGAUUGAAGGGUGCAAAUUAACAGCCACACCAUCCUGAAGGGGAUGGGCAGCCUCCUGAUACGGUCUCCUGUCCUCUGCCUGCCUCAUUCACACCGUGAAAUCCAAUAGCAUGAAUGAAAGCUGAGGAAGGAGUCAUUUCUGUCCACCUGCAGCUCUCCCUCGGUGCUACCCCUGCAUCUAGUCCUGAUUGUACCAUGAACACAUGCACGCAAACACACACACACACACACACACACACACACACACACACAGGCAUAUGCCUGAUUCUCAGGAACUUCCUCAUGUUGGAGCCGGAAGACAGGAAGAGAGACGAUUUGCCAGGCAAUUGCCAGGUGGUUGCCAGGAUUAAUGCAGUUACGGAGAAGUUGUAAUUGCAGAGGAAGUCCAGAGAGCUUAUGUAUGCCCUUUACCCAAACUCCUCAGUGUUGGCAUCUCACAUCACUGUUAUAAGUGCCCAAACUAAGGAAUUGAAUUAGUACAAUAUUAACUCCAUUCGUAUUUUGCUCAUGUUUCCACUAAUAUUGUUUCUGACAUUUCCUUACUUUCUGACGUUACCAGAUACUUCAGGGACGUCUUGCAUUUUUCAUGUCCCUUCCCAUUUCUCGAGGAUCAGCCAUUUCUCCAAGGAUAUUUUCUUCUUUUAUUGUAAAAUGAUAUUUAGAAACCUAAAUCUGGAGGAGAUUUGACUCAUUGUUAUUAGAGUAUCACUUCCCUUAGACCUUAGCAGUGGACAGAGACACGAAAUACAUGUAUCCAUCCUGACCCAUGCGUGCAUGCACAUCAACAAGUCACGCUAAAAUAGUUCUAUAAUCUAAACUCCCCAGGUGACCUACUGCAGUGAAUCACUCUCUGCCCCCUCAAUCCCUGGCAACCACCGACCUACUUUCUAUUAUUAUAGUCCCACCUUUUCCAAAAUGACAUAUAAAUGAAAUCAUACAAUACGUGGCCUUUGUAGUUUGGCUUAUUUCACUUCUCAAAGUGCGACUAAGCUUCCUGUGUGUCGUUGCAUGAAUAAACUAUUCCUUUCUUUUUAUUGCUAAGUAGAAUUCCUCAUGAUGGACGGACUAGAACUGGUUUAUCUGCUUAUGUUUUGAAGGACAUCGUGGUUGUUUUCCAUUUUUAGCAUUUGUAAGUAAAGCUGCUAUAGAUAUUCACAUGUAGGUUUUUGUGUGGAUAUAGUUUUCCGAAACACUUGCACAAAUAGCCAGUAGUGACUUUGCUGGUAUGUUGAUGUGUACAUUUAAUAUUAUAAGAAAUUGCAAAACUGUAUUUCCAAGUGGCUGUAGUAUUUUAAACUCCCACCAGUAACAAAUGAGGUAUUGUCACUUUUUUUUCCUAAAACAAUUACAAUGGGUAUGUUGUGGUAUCUCGUUUCUCUUGUAACAAAUUAUGCAAAAUGUCUUUUCUUUGGCUUAUUUUCUAUCUACAUAUCUUUAUUGAUGAAGAGUCCUUUCACUUGUUUUGAUUAUUUUAAAAACUGUUUUUUUGUUUUUAUUGUUAAAUUUCAAGUGUAAUUUAUAUAUUCUCAAUAAAAGUCUUUGAUCA